AUGAUACUGCGUGGCACGCUAAAACCGCCCCUCGGGCAGGAGGCUCCUGACCAAGGACACGUGGCUGGAGGACCAGGCCACAACCGCACGUCGGGCAAGAGGCUGCUGAUCAAGGACACGUGGCUGGAGGACCAGGGUAACUACACGUGCAUCGUGGACAACGGAGUCGGCCAACCGAAGCAGCACACCAUGCGACUCACCGUAGUCAGUGCACCAGAGUUCACAAAACGGCCUGAACAGGCCUCAGUCCAACCAGGCCAGGAUGUAACACUGCAGUGUCAAGUCGCCGGCGUGCCAGCACCCAAAGUGUCAUGGACACACAACACUAAAACUCUGACACAGAAUGACAGAAUACACAUCUUACAGUCCACACAAGGCAAUUUCACAGUUGCUGAUUUGACUAUUAAGAAUGUACAAGACAGCGACAUUGGUUAUUAUGGAUGUAUGGGACAGAACCCUAAUGGUGAAAUUUAUACUGAGGCGUUGGUUGUCGUUAAAUAA